AUAACUGGUAACUGGUAUGGUAAUGAAAUCAUAAUGCAUACACAAGAUAUACCAGGCGUAUAUCGUUACGACAGUUGUGUGAUGAUAAAUUUAAAUGAUGUCACAGAUCAAAUGCGUGAUUAUUAUCAGCCCACUAGUUACAGAAGAGUAGACACAAUGGCAACAGCAUCAACCUCAUCAUCAUCAUCAUUAUCGAAUGGCCAGCAAUAUGAUGUGACUGCAAACUCUAGACACUCACAUUUUAAUACCAGAUAUUUACGUUUGAUUUGGAGCGAAAAAGAUGACAAUAUUGAGUAUAAUUUCAAUUAUACCAUGAAUCAUCCGGGUCUAUGGACAAAUGUUGGCGAACAACGCGGCUCAAUGGUGGCUCUUAAUAAAUACAGUCAAUUUACCGGCACCGUACAGGUGGUCAAAGCUGUCAGUGAUCAUUUAGUAUUGACAUUCUGUUCGAGUGAUUUACAUCAUAGCAUUUAUACGAUUGUCUUGAGUCGUGAACCUCAGGGACUGAGUCAAGAUGUAAGUAAAGAGCAAAUAAUAAUAUUGUUCAAAUUAGGUCAAUUAAUUGAUUGGUUAAUUGAUAAAUUUAUGGCAUUGUUUUUGUAACUAAUUGAGUUAUGU